CAAAUCCCCCUAGCCGCCGCCGCACCACUCCCCCACCGCGGCCGACCUCAACUCGCCCGUCGCCAUGGCUGCACCUCUGCCCGCUCACGAGCCUCCACUCCGCGCUCAGCUCUACGACACCCGCGACGCAGCGCGCGCCGCCCUCCGCUGCCAAAUCGGCGGCCACUGGGCCACGCUCUGCGCCGGCUACGCCGACCGCCGCGCGCCGCCGCCAUCCGGCGGUGGAGCCUCUCUCAUGGAGGAUUACACCGGCUGCCCCGCGCUAGCCGAGAUCAUCCGCAUCCUCUCCGUGAAGCGCCAUCGUCGCGGGAGGACUUCAUUGCCUGGCUCGCCGACAACUUCAUGACGAGGCCCGCGUCCGCGUCUUCCCGUGCGACCUCCUCGAUGGCGCCGCCAUGCUCGCCGCCGCGCGCGGCUGCUACGAUAUCUUCCACCUCGCCUUGCCCUGCACCGUCGACCGCGUCCUGGACCCCCAAAAGGAGCGGGUAGCGCCGGCCGUGGAAGGGACGCUCCACGUGCUGCGCGCCGCCAAGGAUGUCGGGGGCGUGGGCGGGGUGGUGGUGACCUCGGCCAUCUCCGCCGUCGUGCCUAGCCCGGGCCGGCCGGCCGGGGAGGUCCUCGAUGAGAGCUGCUGGACCAACAUCGACUACUACUGCGACAAGAACAGGAUGAUUCCGCCAAGGAUCAAUGCUAGCAUAGCCAUGUUUCUUCACUUGAAGGUUGCCCAGAGGAGUAUAAGGAUUUCCUCAUCGGGCCAGUCCACGUGGAACAGAACAAGAUGAGUAUAAGACAAACGCUGUUUGUUGAUGUCAUCAUGCCUGGCUGUUUCGACUGCUCCUCCGCCCACAAUUCGGCCAGGCUCACGUGGUGUCACGAGCGGGGAACAAAGGGACGUCUUCCGUUACAGAGAAUUUCUAGAGGACUCAGAUUUGAUACCACAACUUCAAUCUUCUGAAGUGGCCAAGGUUGGAACCAAGGAAUAAGGCACCAGGUUUUGCAGGUUGUGUUUCGCUGUUUGUUGCAGAGAGCAGCCAAUAUGAAUGAUCCACACCGGGCUUCAAAGAGAUAGUCCAGUUCAUCUACGAGUUCAUCCUACCAUGCUUUCCUACUUCCAACUUCCAAUGUAUUUUGUGACUGAGAUUGUGCACAUAAGCUAUUUGUGAGAAUGUCAGCAAACGAUGAUAUUAGAUUAUGCAAAGCUUUCCGGUGGUU